UCGAUGCCAGGAGGAACCUCCUCCAGUCGCCAUCGGCGUUCCCAGUAAUAUACGGCGUCGCGUCUCUCUCGUCACCGACCGCCCUUUGUUCAUCAAUGGAGAGCUCGUGUCCACGUUCACGCACGCACGCAUACCCGCGAUCACGCAUCACCACCACGCACGCGCGGGGGUAUCGCGAGGAUCACGAAGAGGAGCCCUGCCCGCCACCGCGCCUCAGAACUCCCCGAGAGUGCAUCGUCAAGGUCACCGCAGGAUCGCGCCGAGGAAUCGCUGAAUAGAUUCACCCAAAAUUGGUCCACCUCGACCGAGAGAUGCCGAAGAGUCGACGUAUCUGGUAGAACAAAGCUUUCAAGGAAAAGAAAAACGCUUUAUCUUGAAGAGGAUGCUUGAAGAGUUUGAUUCUCUAUGAAAAGCGAUCCUUUCUCUUGCGAAAAAUCCUGCCUUGAGAAAAAAGAGAUCCUUGAAAGAUUGCGGAAAAAUAAAGAAUUGAUAUACCAAAGAGAUAGCGAUUUUUUUAUAUUUUUAAAUCAACAAGAGAGAAAGAGAGAGAGAGAGAGAGAGAGAGAAUUAUUAAAAAGGAUGUCUCAAGAAUCUCUUUUUGGAAAAAAGGAUGCUGAAAAAUCAUGGACUGUCUGAUAAGAGAUAGUCUUUGAAAAAAAGCGUUCCAUUUAUUCUAAAAGAAUAAGUAAUUUUUCUCUGAGAAAUCCGUGUUUAAAAAAAAAGAAAAUUGAAAGGAAUGUUCUAAGAUACGUCAAGAUGAAUGCCCGAAAAAAAUGAACAGAUUUUCUCGCAAUAAAAUCGGACAAAGUCUUAAUAAAAAAAUCAGACAGACUUUUUAAAGAGAUUAUUCAGAAAGGGGUGAUUUUCUUCGGAGAAGUUCUGUAAGAAAGGAUCGUCGAGGGGACAAUGAAGUUUGGUAAUUCUUGAAGAAAGGUGGAUCUAACGAUAACAAAAAUUGCGCAGGCAAGAAAAGUCUCGUAUCCGAGAUUGAAUCGAGAUUAAAUCCCGUCUCGAGACUAAAAGAGAUCAGCGGGGCGUUUCCAGAGAAUGCGCCGAUUCCAGCGGGAUUGCACGAAAGAAGGAUGCUGAAACUGGCGGGCAGAGGGGAUCAUCAAGGUCGGCGGUAAAAUUAUAAAUUCUAGAAAACACGCGCUCACUGUAUGACGUGUGGCGAGCAAAGUUCAGAAACAAUAGAGCCGUUAAUUAUGCUUUAACGAGACGUAAUUACACGGUGCAAAAGUCGCACGAGACUCCGAUCAAGAAGAAGAAGAAAGAUAGGAGAAGAGAAGAAAACGGAAAGCGGAGAUAAAGAGAAAAAUGCGAUCGGUGUCGCGAAAUAUACAUGUAUAUCGAUUAAUAUUCGCCAAGAGGAAGCUCUUAGAUAAUCGAAUUGACAAGUCGCGGGCCGAGACAAAAGAAUAGCUCGAGGAGCAGGAAAAAAAGGAGGGGGAGAGUAGACGGACUUUGUACCCGACUAUAAACACACACCGAUAAUGACUUAUCGGUGAAGUUGAGAAAGGAGGAACGCGCAUUGAAGGUAGGAUCUAGGAAAAGUAACAGAAGAGAGAGAGAGAGAGAGAGAGAGAGAGAGAGAUAGAAAAUAGUACUACUGCAACGAGCAGAGUUCGUGUCAUGUUGGUGGUGUGCAACAGCAGCUGACAGACAGCCGGGGACGCUUGAUAAUAGAUUUUAGUCGGAUCUUCGAGAUAGACAGACUUCACGAUGAUUCGAAUAUUCACCGAUACCUUCAAGAACCUGAUCACCACGUCAGCGGUGAUCCUAAAGACGGAGAACGAACAUCAUCAUCUGUCGAGCCUGUCUGGGGACAAUAUUCUCGGGACGGGGGUAAGAAUAGGACGUGGCGAGGACGCAGUCGCGAGUGAUAGCAGCAACCCCGUUAUGGAUUCGGCGCAAUCGGCCAUGAUGAAGCAGGCGGACUACGUCGUAGAUGUUGUGCUGCCAACGGUCCUAAUUGCUUUGCUGUUCGUCGGCAAUGCGAUCAUUGUGUAUAUCAUCUUCCAAUUUAGAAAGAGAAGAGUUCCAGCCAUGACGCAAGCCGAAGAAAUGUCUCUUCGGGGAUCGGCGGAUGUGCCCCAAGUGUGAUCCCAGGAACACAGACUGAUCGCACACUAAUGGCCAUCGGUACCAGCGAGGAAUCAUCGAUGUCCACAUGGAAGUUAUCGCAAAAAUGUCUCCCAUUGGAUCGACCCUCGAAGAACUUCGAAGUUAUCGCGAUGAUUUCGCGCAAUUAAUUAAAAUGAAGUCACAUUCGAAAAAGCGAGAAGAGAAAAAAAUGUAUCUUUUCGUAACACUUGAGGACGAUGUCGAAUGUGAUUUUACUGUGCAUUUUUUAGUGCAAAAAGUGGCUGUUUAAAUUCUGAAAUAUUCUCUUAUAUAUUCGCCUCUUAUAUAUUCUCUUAUAUAUUAAUUUAGAGAAAAUUCAAAAUUAGAUAACACUUUUUAAUAUUAAAAGUGCAUGAAGAAUCAAUAAAUGACAAAUUAACUCGGAAACAUGCUUCGACGCAUCUGCAUUUUUCUUGUGUAUUUAAUGUUAAAUGUGUUAAAUUGUCAUCUUAUGUUCACAAUAAAUGCAUCUUUAUAGAUAUGCUUUUUAAGAUUUCAUAUAGAGAAAUAAUAUUCAGGAAUAUAAACAGCCACUUUUAAAACGCUAAAACAGGACCCAGUGUUCCCAGGUGCCGUUUUAUAAACGGAUUAUAUUGGUUCGAUACUGUAUAACUCACGAGCCUAUUACAUCAUGACCUUACGUACACACACUUACGUUACUCUGUAUUAUAAUGUAAGGAAAUAAUAUAUUCUAUAUUUCGUCCAAUUUGUGGAUAAGUUAAAAAUAAAUCAAUGUUUUCUUAG